AUGAAAAAUAAACUGUGGGAAAAAGGAGUUAAAUUUUCUUUUGGUGUUUUGGGAAUAAUUUAUUUUCUUUAUUUAAAAAGAUUUGUUAUCCAAGAAUGGGGAAUUUAUCAAGCGAAAAAAAAAGAAAGAGAUAUUAACACAAACAAAAUUCAAAUUACUGAAAGUGAUAAAAAUGUGAGAGAAAUUUUAGAAGAAGAAAAAAAAAAUAAAAAAUAUAAAAAGGAAUUCAACUAUCAUAAAGACAAAUAA